AUGUCUCGCUCUACUACAGCAGCCGAAUCACUUACGACGGCUGCCGCACUCUUUGCGGGUCCUGGGAGGGCGAACAAUUCGACCUCGUCGGUCAAUGGUAGUGCCAGCUUUCACUUCGUUGUUGAUGGAGAUAUCCAAACGCUGUCGACCAAGAAUGCUCCAAAGGAAGGCCCUAUCAAAGGACUACUUUAUGUUCCAAGUCUGGACGGGCAUGACGAGUGCAACAACACAGUCGCGCAACAUAUCCCGCCCAAUGCCACCCGCUAUCACGACGUGGCCCGGUUUGGUUAUCAUAUAAUUGGCCUUGCACCGUGGGUGACACCUAGCUGUAGCCAGUGGUUUCUAGAAACCUCAAGGCGUGUAGGCACAGACGCUCUGGUGUUCUUCCUGCCGUCCAGCGCUGAUAACAAGCCUCCACCAGCACACGAUGAGACAUGGCUGUUGAAUGGCGAGAGUCCAUGGAAAGACGAGAACCUGUUUCCUAUUUAUGCAAUCCCUGGUCAAGCAGGAACUACGCUCAUGGAGCAGCUGUCACAUUAUUCAGGCAACAAAACUGAACUGCAAGAAAGACAAAACGCAACUUCACAAGGCGAGCGAUGGGAUGUGCGGCUGUUUACUAUCAUUAACUUGGAAAAAAGCGGAAGGAAAACACCGAGCAUUUGGGGCUUCCUUUUGGCCAUCCUUGGGACUCUUUUGGUCCUUUGCAUCAUUCUUCUUCUCCUAUACCAAUUAAUUCAAAGGCGACGUCGGGAAAUGCUUCAGCGGCGCCUUGAAUUCAGCGAAGUGGACUAUGAACAGCAUGCACUGCAGCAUAUCAGAGUUUCCCGGGAGUUCCUUGCCAAACUCCCGAUUUAUACCUAUCCAACCGUGGAUGACUCAGGCCCAGGGAGCUCACGACAGAGCCUGUGCGAAGGUGAUAAGCCUGGUCAAUCCCAGGACACGCUAGUGAUCGAAUCUGAACGGAGGGGAAUCGAGAAGGAAGCCGAGACAGACAUCGAAGAGAACCCGCAAACCGCAAAUACAUCACGUCGACCUUCGUAUACAAAACAUGCCAAUAGGCUAAGUCAUUCACAACCCACCUGCGCAAUCUGUUUGGAAGACUUCGUCCCCGCUUCGUCAACUGUACGCGAACUGCCGUGUGGUCAUAUUUACCACCCCGAGUGCAUUGAUGUGUCUCUGACGAGGAAUAGCAGCCUGUGUCCGCUAUGCAAGAAGAGUGUGUUGCCGCCCGAUCUCUAUCCCAUCUCAAUGCCCGAGGCGGUACAUCGGGACAGUAUGCGGCUGCCGUAG